AUGCCGGCCUUCAACUCCAUGUUCAACAAUGAUCCCAACCCGCCGCGCUUAAUCGGCAACUUCCCCCUACUUCCACUGCGCACAAAGCUCCGGGGUCCCGUCUAUCCUCUGCCCUUCCCGGACCCUCCCCUUCCGGCAAAUGAGUCCCCAGACCCCGACUCGGAGAGCUACGACAUCCUCGACGAGACGCUCGCUCUGUUCCGUGCCAACACUUUCUUCCGUAACUUUGAGAUCCAGGGUCCGGCCGACAGGCUGCUGGUGUACGGGAUCUGGUUUAUCUCGGACUGUCUGAGCAAGAUCCGGCCGACAGCGAGCCUGCGCGAGGCGACCAAGGAUGUGAUGAACCUGGCGCUGGAUCUCAACUUUGCUAUUCCCGGUGACCCAGGCUGGCCGUUGAAUCAAAUGUACGAGCCGCCCCGCGACAGACAGGACGCAGAGACCCUCCGGCAGUACAUGUCGCAGGUUAGGCAGGAGCUGGCGACGAGGUUAUUGGCGCGGGUAUACGCUGACGACGAGACGAAGCCGAGCAAGUGGUGGCUGAGCUUUACCAAGAGGAAGUUUAUGGGCAAGGGGCUUUAA